AUGUCAAUUUUUUAUGUUGAUUUCUGGCCUGCUGGUUUUUUGAAGGUGAGAUCGACCUACUACGCGAUAGAUCCAAGAGGUGGGUACUCGGCUUUCCAGUUGAAUUCGGACGGAGAAUGGACGCAGUUGGCAAAAAAGCAGCUUAUCAAUAUUUCAAAUGAAAAAAUGGGUCACUCUUCAUUUGGAAGAGUGGUCGAAGUACAUGAAAUUAGUCAUUAUAGAUGGCUCACGGUUCAAGAGACUGGAUGGACAAUUUACGAGGUAGAUCAAGCCAUGAGGUUGAUAAAUGAGGUGGUAUCUUCACCAAUUCCAGCCAAAUUUGAAGAGUUUGUAAAAGUCGGUCAAGGUCAGCAGGUUGCUUUCGGCAUUCGAAUGUCAAAUGGAAAGAUGAUGAUGGUAAAGGAUGGCACAGUUAAUUUGAUUGAAGCAACAAAUCAGAUUUUUAGUUUGGGAGAUAGUAUUUAUGAGCUGAUAUUUGGCAGAGAUGGGUCUCAACUAGACAUUCAAUUGAAACUAUUGGAUAUGGAAAAUGAAUCUCACAAGGAAGAAUCUACUACAAACAUAUGCAUGACUCUAGUCACGUUUAAUAGUCAAGCACAAACAUAUUUCCACUCUAGGGAAGGAAUAGAGAUGUAUAUGGUUGGUGAAAACGAGCUUAGGAUUAACGGAGAUCACAGUUUGGGUCAUUUUGAUGGCCAAGUAACUAAAGUGGUGAAUCUAAGUGGGCUUAUUGACGAAAGAAUAGGGAAUAAAUAUGUUCUAGUUGUGAGAAAAGGAGGUCUUGUUACGAUUUUAACGAUAAAUUCCUUGAUGAAAGUGUUACAUAGUCUUGAAACAAGGGUUCAAGGAGAUGUUAAAUCGAUUUACUUUGCAAAGAAUACGAAAACAAUAGAAAUCAGCGGUAACAAAUGCAUUAAGGGUAUAGAUCUACAUACGAUGAACCUUGUUUUGAACUAUCACCGAGUCUGCAAAACUUCAAGUUCAUGGAUUUGUCUUUUCAGAGAAUUCGAAUUCGAAGCGUUAGAAAAUGCCCCUGCCAUAGUGAACGGCUUUUUAUUGAGAAGCCCGCUGAUAGUGGUGCCUUAUGAAUAUACUCAGCAUGAAGGUACGGUAGAAGAGGCCAAAGAAGGUGAAUGGAUUGUGGUGAUUGAUCGAGAGGGAUCUUUUGCAAGUAGGAUUGAUACUACAAUGCGUAAUGGAGCAGAGAUGAAGAUAAUUGAGGAACAACUCGGUAAUCAAACGAGAGAUCUGAUAACUCCAUUCAUACUUUAUCGACUCACCACAAUCAUGAUGUGUUAUGUACGGGCAAUCUCGAAUACGGCAUUUGAUGUUGCUUGCAAAGAAUUAUGUACAACCUGUCAUGAAUCUCCAGAAGUCAUUUUGAAUAUCUUCGACUUAUGGUUUAAAGAAUUAGACAAUGAGAAAGAUGAGGAAAACAUGAUAGCCGGCACCAUUAUGAUUGGCUUUUGCGUUUUUUGUAAUGAUGAAACAACCAAUGAGAUGGAUUUUUUCAGUUCUCAAGUGGCCGAGAAGCUGAUCAAAGGUAUAGAUCGAAUGAUCAAAUGCUCUAACGAUAGAUACGUUGCUCUCAUUAUGAAGAUUCUUACGAAGCUCGGCUAUAGACUAAUGAGAUAUGUAAGGUUGGUUGACCCUGGUGAAUUCUACGGUCAGAUAUUGACAUUGAGAUCACAAACUGGUCCAGACAGCGAGGCAUUUGAUUCUUGUAAUGAAUACAUGAAGAGUCUUUUCAUGCAAGAUCCUUCAUUUAUGAUCAUUCUCCUCUGCUCGUUUCUCGGAUCUUCCCAAUACAGCAAACCCGCACUGGAAUAUUUGGAUUGCAUCUUAAUCGAGCAGCGCUCAAAAAUUACGUCGAUGCACCUAAUAUUAAUAGCGGAUGCAUUAAUGCAGCUACCAGAACUUGCAGACAGGGAGGAAUUAAUCGAUCUCACAGUGAACAUACUGCAGUUGAAUUUUCACCGUAAACUAUGCAUCCAUAGCAACAAUUAUUGCCUGAUAUUUGGCGCCCAAAACGAAUGCAACGAACAAUUUGGAUACCCGGCAGUGGUCUUGAAUGCUUCAUCUGCUGUCUACCUUGAAAAUCCUCUUGGAAUAGGCUCUGCGUCGUCGAUUACUAGUUUGAGAAAGAUAUUGGGCUUACGCAGUUUCUGCAACCCAGUUUUCUCGCCCAAUGGCAGAUUGGUGGCCGCGCUCGAUUUAUCCGAUUUCCGGAUUAUCUUAUAUGCCAUUGACCUCGACUCUGUGUCAACUUCGGGAAAAGUGAACGUAUGCAUCCUUCAAAAUCCUUCAAUUCCUUUGAAGGUUCCAGCCUUUGAUUUGGUUUUUCUGCAGCUUUUUUGGGCCUCUGAAAACUAUAACGAUCGGUUUCUUAAAACGAAGUUGUCGCAGGCCAUUGCCCGAUACCAAGAAUCGAGGUCAGCCGCGCGAAAAACUUAUACUGCUCAUUGUAAGACUAUAUCCAUUGCUGAUAUAAUACUAAAGUACUUGAAAGUAUUCAAAGAAACCAAAUGGAAGGACAUUGAAAUUAUGUGGAUUUCUAACGACAAAUUGGCACUACAAUUGGCUGGGAAAAUAAUAUUCACCUAUGGAAUACGGGACCUAUGUACAUAG